AUGUUUUAUCCAUGUACUGUGUCUGUUUGUUUCAAUGCUCCCAUAUUACCCCUCUCCACGUCUCUGAUUUCUUUCUUGCCGAUCGCGCCCUACGUAUACUUCCUCCCCUCUUACGAUUCCACUCCGAUGCCGAUGAUGAUAUCUGAUGCUUUCUCUGUACGGCACGGCGUGGGCGUCGCGUGUGGUGGGAGCGGGCUUUGUUAA